AUGAUCUUCUACAAAGCAUCGUUUCCAAUAACCCGACGGAUCGGUCACCCUUACCAGAAUAGGACGCCUCCGAAACGUAAAAAGCCGAGAACAUCAUUCACAAGGAUGCAAAUUGCUGAGCUGGAGAAGAGGUUUCAUAAGCAGAAGUACUUAGCGUCUGCGGAAAGGGCAUCACUUGCUAAGACACUGAAGAUGACAGAUGCGCAAGUUAAAACCUGGUUUCAGAACAGACGGACAAAAUGGAGGUAG